ACAGUGCGAGACGAGAGCAGUCUUCAUUUACAUAAACACCAGACUUGUUGUUUUAAUUUAAAGGAAAGCUGAGGAGCAACAAACAUUGAUAUGUCAUGAUGCCUACACUUCUAAAGGUGUGGUCAUUUGAAGAAAGACUAUCAAAUGAGGAUAAAGAAGAUCUUUUAAAAUAUUUUGGUGCUGAAAGUGUGCAACACAUUCCAAGACAUGGCAGAGAUAUGGCUGUACUUGCUAGCUUCAAGAGACAGGAAGACUGUGAAUAUGCCAUGAAGAAAUUACAUCAACAAGAAAUUUUAGGAAGAAGACUAAUGGCUGUUUACAAAGAACCUUCAUUAAUGUCCUCUAAACAACCUCAUCUAGACACAAGUGAAAGCUCAAAGGUGCAAGAACCCUCACAUGAAGAAAUUAUAAGGAAAAAAAUCAAGGAAUAUGAAGCUCGCCUGUCAUCUAUCUCAUCAGUCUUUAACAUCAAGCAUCCCAUACCACCUCAUCUCAAGUAAGGCCUUUUCUGCAUUG